AUGAUGAGUGCGGUUAGAGUUGGAGUUGGAGUGAUUCUGGUGUUGUUUUCUUCUUGUUUGUCUUUGCUGGAUGCCCAGCAGAUCACACAUCCGCUUGAUGUGAGUGCUCUGCAUGCUGUUCAUCGCAAACUGAAGGAUCCUAUGGAUCAUCUUCAUGACUGGAAAAAGACGGAUCCAUGCGCCUCUAACUGGACCGGCGUCUUCUGCAUCGCUGAUCCUUCAGAUGGCUUUCUUCAUGUUCAGGAGUUGCGGUUGCUUAACAUGAACCUCACCGGAAAACUGGCACCUGAACUCAGCCGUCUAGCAAAUCUCACCAUACUGAACUUCAUGUGGAACGAUCUCACCGGUCAGAUUCCACCAGAACUAGGCAACAUGACUCAUCUCAUCUUCUUGCUACUUAGUGGAAAUCAACUGACGGGACCUUUGCCUCAAGAACUCGGCUCUCUUUCCAAUCUCUUAAUCCUUCAGAUAGACUACAAUGACAUUAGCGGAUCACUUCCCACGUCCUUAGCAAAUCUGAAAAAACUGAAGCACUUGUGA